AUGGGAUCUAACUGUUCGAAUUGUGGAUAAUGCUAAAAAGACAAGCAAGAAUUGUUAUAUGAAGUUAAUAUAACAAAAAAAACAGAAAGUAAUAAAAAUGGAAUAUCUGUAAUUUCCUAACCAUCUCAAGCCUCAAAUCAUUCAAUUAAAGUUUAUAUCUAUCUAAUUUAUAAUAGACUCAAACAAAAUAGAAUUAUUUGAAGGAUAAUCAAGAAUCCGUCUAUGAAAAUCAAUAAGAAUAAUUAUUAGCUUAGAUGGCUACUGUAAUUUAAAAGUAAUGGAAAGGACACAAAGCAAGAUAAAAUUUCCAAUAAAUGAGGUCCUUUCAUAAUGAUGCUCAAAAAUGUGAUGAUCAAGAUACAAGUUAAAGUAAAUAAAGAAGGAAUGCAUAAAAAUAUUUCAAUUCAGAAGAAUAUGCAGGUAGCUAAAAAUAAAUUUAAAAUAGAAGUUAAUCUAAAUAAUUCAAUUAGAGAAAAAAGACCAAAAUAUUAAUUUAGGAGUGGUGCCUCAUAUGAAGGGGAAUGGUUGGGCAAUAAAAGAGAUGGUUAUGGAACUUAAAUUUGGCCAGAUGGUGCAAAGUAUGAAGGAUAAUGGUAGGAUAAUAAGGCCUGUGGGAAAGGAACUUUUUAUCAUAUAGAUGGGGAUAUAUAUACAGGAUAAUGGGAAAAUGAUUAGGCGAAUGGUUUUGGAGUUUAUACCUAAUAAAGUGGAGCAAUUUAUGAAGGUCAUUGGUAAAAUGAUUUAUAGCAUGGAUAAGGGGAAGAAAAAUGUAAUUAUCAUUUUAAAUUAAGGGAUUGAUAAUUCUUGUUAUAAAGGAGAAUAUUUUUAAGGAAAGAAACAAGGUAAAGGUUUAUAUAUCUGGCCAGAUGGAAGUUUUUAUGAUGGAGCUUGGUUUGAUAAUAAAAUCAAUGGAUAAGUAAUAUUGUAUUUUAUCAUCAUUAGGGAGAGUAUAUAUGGGCAGACGGUAGAAAGUAUAAGGGUAAUUGGAGAUAUAAUAAAAUGCAUGGUUAUGGUUUUUAUUAGUGGGCUGAUGGAAGAGCUUAUCAUGGUGAAUAUUAGGAGGAUAAGAAGCAUGGAAGGGGUAAAUAUUUAUGGCCAGAUGGAAGAAUAUUUGAAGGGGAAUGGGUAGAUGGUAAAUAACAUGGAAAAGGCAAAUAUAUUAUGGCUGAUGGAUAGAUGAAAUAUGGGUUUUGGGAGAAUGGAAAAAGAAUAAGAUGGGAAGAUAGAUAAUAGUGA